CCAUAUUAUCGCAGAUUAUCAUUUAUCAUAUUAAUAUUUAACCACUGAACUGCUUUCGAUUAGAUGUAAUGUAGGUAUCUGAGACUUUGACCUUCACAGCCUGUAAACAACGAGGAGCUUCAGGAGGAGCUGCAGUGCUGAGUGCCGUGUAUUGAGUGCUGUACAACACACCUGAGGAGGAACACAAUCUACUUAGAAAAGACAAAAACCUCCAAAAUGAGUCUGGGUGAAAAGCACAGGGAGAAGACCAAUGAGAGUUGGAUAAGGAAGAAAAGAUCACACUCACCUGAACCCAGCUGUGUGUCCAUCAAGAGCCACAGGUCGAUGACACAACCAACAAACUUCACAACCUUUACUGAACUCAGGAGCUGGAACACAAAGUCAUCACUUUGAUGAAGAAUGAAUUGAACAGGUUCAGGAAACUCCUCAGUCCAGAUUACCCAGCAUGCACUGAGAGGGAGGUGUGGGAUGACAAGGGUCACCACAGUGUCAGAGAGGAAGCACUGAAGAUCACGCUGCACGUCCUGAACAACAUGAACCACACAGAUCUCGCUAAAACAUUACACAAUAAUGUGCUGCUCUCUGUGUAUCAGGACAAACUCCAAUCCAAGCUUGUGGAGAAGUCUAAAAGAAUUAAUGAAGGAAUCUCACAGCAUGGAAGUUCAGCACUUCUGAAUGAGAUCUACACAGAGCUCUACAUCACAGAGGGUUGGAGUGGAGACGUCAAUAAUGAACAUGAGGUGAGACAGAUUGAGACAGUGUCCAGGAGACCAGCAACACAGGAGACACCCAUCAAAUGUAACGAUCUCUUUAAAGACAAGUCCAUCAGAAGUGUGCUGACUAAAGGAGUUGCUGGAAUUGGAAAAACAGUCUCUGUGCAGAAGUUCAUUCUGGACUGGGCUGAAGGAAAAGCAAAUCAGGACAUCACCUUCAUGUUUCCACUUCCCUUCAGAGAGCUCAAUCUGAUGAAGCAGAAACAUCUCAGUCUGAUGGAUCUUCUUCAUCACUUUUUUCCAGAAAUGAAAGAAUUAAAUUUAAUAGACUGUAACUUCUACAAAAUGGUGUUGAUCUUUGAUGGUCUGGAUGAAUGUCGACUUCCUCUAAAUUUCCAGAACAAUGAGAGAUUGUGUGAUGUGACAGAAUCAGCCUCAGUGGAUGUGCUGCUGACGAACCUCAUCAAGGGGAAUCUGCUUCCCUCUGCUCUCCUCUGGAUCACCUCUCGACCAGGAGCAGCCAAUCAGAUCCCUCCUGAGUGUGUGGACCAGGUAACAGAGGUACGGGGGUUCAGUGAUCCUCAGAAAGAGGAAUACUUCAAGAGAAGGAUCAGUGAUCAGCGGCUGGCCAAUAAAAUUAUUAGAAACAUGCAGUCUUCAAAAAGCCUCUACAUCAUGUGUCAUAUUCCAGUCUUCUGCUGGAUCUCAGCCACUGUUCUAGAGAGAAUGUUGGGUGAAGCAGAGAGUGGAGAGAUCCCCAAGACUCUGACUCAAAUGUUCACACACUUCCUGAUUUUUCAGAUCAAACACAGAAACCAAAAGUACCAUAAAAAUUGUGAUCCUGAUCCUCAGCAGAGUAUCCUGGCACUGGGAAAACUGGCUUUCCAGCAGCUGGAGAAAGGAAACCUGAUCUUCUAUGAGGAAGACCUGAGAGAGUGUGGCAUUGAUGUCAGAGAAGCGUCCGUCUACUCAGGAGUGUGCACUCAGAUCUUCAGAGAGGAGUUUGGGCUUCACCUGGGAAAGGUGUUCAGCUUUGUACAUCUGAGUGUUCAAGAGUUUCUGGCUGCUUUAUACGUGUUUCUCAACUUUGUCUUGAAAAACAGAAAUCUUCUAAGGGACCAAAACCCUGGAAUGUUACCUCUCUUAAGAAAGCAACCCAUGUCUGCUCUCCUGAAGAGUGCAGUGGACAAGGCCUUACAGAGUGAGAAUGGACACCUGGACCUGUUCCUCCGUUUCCUUCUGAGUCUCUCACUGGAGUCCAAUCAGACUCUCUUAAGAGAACUUCUGCCCCAAACAGAAAGCAGUUCUCACAGCAAAGAGGAAACAGUUGAGUACAUAAAGGACAAGAUCAGGGAAAAUCCAUCUCCAGAAAAAUCCAUCAAUUUAUUUCACUGUCUGAAUGAACUGAACGAUGAUUCUCUAGUGCAGGAAGUGCAAACUUACCUGAAUAGAGGGGACUACAGUUGUCUUAGUAGAACCCGACUCUCUCCUGCUCAGUGGUCAGCUCUGGUGUUUGUGUUGCUGAACUCAGAAGAAGAGCCAGAUGAGUUUGAUUUGGGUAAAUUUGAACGAUCAGAAGAAUGCCUUAUUAGACUGCUUCCAGUGUUGAAAGUCUCCACAAAGGCUGUGCUGUGGGGUUGUAAUCUCACUAAUAAAAGAUGUGAGGUUCUGUCAUCAGUUCUGAGCUCAAACUACUCCAGUCUGAAAGAGCUGAACCUUGGUAACAAUAAAUUAAUGGAUUCCGGAGUUAAACUUCUGUCAGAUCUAUUAGAAAACCCCUACAGUAAACUGGAGAUACUGAGGUUGUGUGUGUGUAAUCUGACAGAGGAAAGCUGUAGAUCUCUGUCCUCAGUUCUCAGUUCAAACUCCUCCAGUCUGAGAGAACUGAACCUGAGUGACAAUAACCUGCAGGAUUCAGGAGUGAAGCUGCUCUCUGCUGGACUGGAGACUCCACAGUGUAGACUGGAGAUACUGAGACUGGUAAACUGCAGUAUUAAAGGUGAUGGCUGUGCUCAACUGGCUUCAAUUCUGAAAUCCAGCCUGUCCUCUUGCCUGAGAGAUCUGAACCUGAACUGGAAUAAAAUAGAAAAAUCAGGAGUAAGGAUGCUGUCUGAUCUUCUGCAGGAGCCACACUGUAAACUCCAGACACUGCAGUUAUCUAACUGUGGUAUUACAGCUAGUGGUUGUGCUGCUUUAGCUUCAGCUCUGAAACUGAAUCCUUCAUCCCACCUGAAACUUCUGAAUCUGACCUCGAAUAAUCCAGGAGAGUCGGGGGUGAAGCUGCUGUCUGAUCUACUGAAGGAUCCACACUGUACACUGGAGAUAGACUUUCGGCCAUACCCCUUCUGAUCCGAUCUGAUCCGAUCUGAGUCUCACACAAGGUCUGAUGAAUGUUUGUGAGAUAAAAACUGCUGUUUAUGAAGCUACAGGAUGUGUUGGAUUAUAUAAAUGAUAUGAUAUAAUGAUAUAAUGAUAUAAAUGCUGUGUGCUUUUUGUAGAACUGAUAGAAAUGGAAGUUCUUGUUGGUGACUGCUUGUUGCUCUGCUCGAGUGACAGAUGAUUGUGUAGCAGCAACAUCAGAGAAAACUGUGGGAAAUCAAAUGAAUAUUCAGUGUGAAUAUCUGGAUUUGAUGGGGAGGUUUUGUGUUAGUGAGUCAAGAGUUUGAUUAAUCCAGACUGUGUUGAGAGCUCUGAGAGUCUCAGGACAAAAGCUGGUGGUACACAUGCUCCAGAAUCUUCUAGCAGAUAGCAGGAGGAGUGGGCGGGGCCUCACAGCACAUAAAGGAGAUGUUUAUGGUGGGUAGAGAGACAAUAACAUAAUAAUCUUUUAAGCUGUACUCACAGUCUUCUGGGCUUGUGCUGUGUGUGUGUGCAGUUUCACUCUGAGACAUCAGGUCAGGAUGCUCACUAUCAUCUCUCUGGAGAAGGUGGUGAGGAUAGGAUAUGGGAGAUUAGAUCUUAUGGAGAUCUUUGGUGAUCCUGGUCUUUCCUCACUGUAUAAAUGCAUGUCUUUGGAACAAUGUUUUCUUUGAGUCUUUGUUUUCUUUAUUAAUGGUUUUGUAUAUAAUAGGAUUGCUUUAAUGAUUUCUUCUUAUUAUUUUAUCAUUUAUUUGUGUUUUAUGUAAUUGUUGUUUGUUUAUGUGAAGGUGUGUUUUAAAUGUUCAGUAUAAUUGAAGGUGAUAUGAGUAGACUUUGCUCAGAGAAGUGCAUUUCUAUAAACAUGCAGUAACUGAAUGUUCUGAUCAACCCUUUAAAAUGAUGUGUUUAUACUGUAAUGGUGUUUUAUUAGUAAUUAUCAGCAGUGGCAGACACCAAUUUAACAACUGCUUUUAUUUUCUAAAAGGCAAAUAAAAAAAAAACGCAAUAAAUUAAA